AUGGCAUUGGGCGACAUCCAAGACUUCUACCGGCAAAGGAAGAAGGGUGAUGCCACCUCCUCCACCGCCAAAAAGAAAUCCGACAAGCCCCAGCACAACAGCGCCAUCGUGGGAGCUGAUGCAGCCCAGACCCCUUUCCUUGUCUUCCACGGCUCCUCUGAUCUCCAAGAUGAUUACGGACCAGAGGAGGAGAUGCUUCGGCAGUUCGACAUGAACAUGAAGUAUGGGUUCGGCCUCGGCCUCACUUGCCUCCAGCGCUGGGGGGCGUGCCUCUACCAUGGGCCUCCACCCACCACCUGGGAGUUGGCGACACCUCCUUCCUCUUCGAUGUGGGUAGCUACAGCCAGACCAGCCCAGAGUAUCGAAACCUGA